UAUACUAAGAAAGUGUGAGACACGUGGAAGAGGAGAGACUGUCGACUUCCCAUGACUCCAAAAUGAGCAGUGAGGAAUUGAUUUUUUGAUUGGAUUGGACCCAACAGGCCACGUGAGCCCUAUAUUCAUUUAAUUUGGGAUAGCAGUGAUCAAGUUGUUGUGCUAUUCUGAGGGUCAAAAUUAUGACUUCAGACAUUCACUGAAGUCGUUUUGUAAUUUCUUAUCUGUUUCCGAUGAACUGGAUAUCAGUCGAGUGGUAACUUUGGAAUACUUGUGAGUGAUUGUGAUGCUCUGCUUGUUUAGUGGAGAAAGAAAUGCAUUAAAACCAGGAGUCAGAGACAUGAAGAAACUCUGUGGCCGUUUACUUUUCUGCCUCAAGAGGAUAGCAGGGUUCUACUCUUAACAAAAGAAAACAGGUGACGGAAGCCCAAGGAGAAACAUGCAGCAGUUUGGCUAAGAAACUGGGAGAUAAGGAAAGUUGGAAAACAACUUUUAUUGGGAACAUUUGCACACAAGAAUCGACAAUCUGUGCUGGACAGAGCUGUGCACUCUGUGUGAGCCUGGUCAGCUUUGUAUGAGCCGGGCUGAUAGCGUGAAGCCCUGUGGCUGCGUCCCACUGAGGCAUGAGUGUGGGAAGAGCCCACCACCACACUUUCCUGUCCUGUGAAGAAGAAGGCCUUCGACUAAGCAUCAUGCCAGCUGUAGGCAGCUUUGGAAAUGGCAAGAUCCACACGAGACGUAAAUACCACAGCCGCUUUGUCAGCAAGACCGGCCAGUGCAACGUCCACUUCUCAAACAUGGAUGAGAAGUCACAGCGAUACAUAUCCGAUAUUUUCACAACUUGCGUGGACAUCCGCUGGCGAUACAUGUUCCUGCUGUUCAGCCUGGCUUUUGUGGUGUCCUGGCUGACAUUCGGUUUGGCGUUCUGGGUCAUCGGCCUCCUGCACGGCGACAUGGACCAUCCAGCGGGGGAUGACAGUUUUGUUCCCUGUGUUACGCAGGUCAACACCUUUGUGGCAGCCUUCCUGUUCUCCAUCGAGACCCAGACCACCAUCGGGUACGGCGCUCGCUGUGUGACGGAGGAAUGCCCUGCAGCUGUUUUCAUGGUGGUGUUUCAGUCUAUCAUGGGCUGCAUCAUCGACGCCUUCAUGAUUGGUGCCAUCAUGGCCAAGAUGGCGAGACCCAAAAAGCGCGCAGAGACGCUACUGUUCAGCCACAACGCGGUUAUUGCUUUACGUGAUGGGAAGCUGUGCCUCAUGUUCAGGGUUGCCAAUCUGAGGAAGAGCCACAUUGUAGAGGCUCAUGUGCGAGCUCAGCUGGUGAAGCCCCGCUACACAGAGGAAGGCGAGUACAUCCCCCUGGAUCAGAUUGACAUGAACGUGGGCUACGAUAAAGGCACAGACCGCCUGUUUCUGGUUGCACCCCUCACUGUCAUACACGAGAUCGAUGAAGAAAGUCCGCUGUUCGGCAUCAGCAAGCAAGAUCUGGAAACAUCCGACUUUGAGAUCGUGAUUAUUCUUGAAGGACUGGUGGAGGCCACAGCCAUGACAACACAGGCUCGCAGCUCCUACUUGGCCUCGGAGAUCCUGUGGGGUCACCGCUUCGAGCCCGUCAUCUUUGAGGAGAAGAGCCAGUACAGGGUAGAUUACGCCUACUUUCACAAAACAUUCGAAGUGCCGUCCACCCCGAGGUGCAGCGCCAAGGACAUGGAGGAGAGAAAAUUCCCAACAUCUGGCGCCAACUCCUUCUGCUACGAGAAUGAGCUGGCCUUCAUCAGCAGGGACGAGGAGGACGAGGGAGACAUGGAGAAAGAGCAGGACAGGAAGGGUUCAUCGGAGCUGGGGAAUAAGUUGAGCGUCCCUGGACACGACCAGACGCCCUCCCGUAGAGAAUCAGCGAUUUAACUGUUUUGUCGUCUUUGGAUGCAGAGCAGCGCCGUGUGGAGCGCCCUGUGACUGUCACUCCGCUGACACGAGGACACCACUGAAGAGAUUUACUGCUGAGCACCAGCAGAACUGAUCUCCAUCAUGUAAGCAGGAGUGAAACUCAUUGUACUUUUCCCUGGAUGAACUUCUUUUCUUUCCUGAGAUGGUUAUUGAGCUUUAUCAAAUGCAAUGAGAACUGUCAUGUUUAUCAUAGUCAUAAAGUGCAUGACAAUAGCAUAGUUUUCUAUAAACAUUUUGAGAACUGUUUGAUGGGACUUUCUUCAGAUGCUGUUCCUCAAAUACGUGAUUUACGACUAUGUGUGUAGUGACAGAAAACCUGAAGAACAUUACUCCAUCCGGUAGAAUCAGAGGUGGCGAUCAAAAGUGGAUUUUCAUCUUUAUGAUAUAACUUACAUGAACAAAAAGACUAAAUAUUCUACAUAAUACGUUGCCAGUGGCUGACUUGGCUAGUUUGCACACAUGACUUCUUCACUUAAAUACAGUUUGACCUGCACGUUGCAAUGGGGGACAUGUGACAAAGUAGAGUUCUUCAUCACAAGAAGGGAAAAUACACCUGAUGGUACAUCAUAUGUAUGUUUUGCAUAGUAUUUGGUAAAACUAUUCAUUUCAUUGUUUUCAUUUCAACUGGUGAUGUUAAGUAUUUUUAUUUCUAUUCAGUUUUGCAGUAACUUUGUGGCAUUGAGAGACUCAAAUGACACACACAAAGUGCAGCUUAUUCAGAUGAUGGAGGUUGAUUUGUAACUACGGCUCCUUGGUUAUUAUUUCUAAUUUCAUGAGUUGGUUAAAAUUCAGUGUCCAGUUGAUUCAUUUUAAAGCAGGAAAGGUGUCCUAACAUCAUCAUACCUGCUUAAUGAAUAACAAGGACUAAGGCGAAGAAGUCCCAGCCAAAAGGUUUGCAUUGACAAGCUCAAGAUCCACGUGGAAAACAUGCAAAUAAAGAAAUUUCAUUGAUCCGUGAAGCUUUACUUACAAUCUAAAAGAAAGAUUUCUGAGCCGUAAAGUAUUUGUUCCCUUUAACACUGCAAGAAAUUACGUUACCUCAAGUCAUGGUUGCUGGAGAGAAACUAACCCAAAUCCAAUAAACUGAAGGUCAGAGUUGCUAAUAUUAGCACACACUGCUAUACGGUAGCAUCCAGCCCUGGCAUCCGCACAGUGAGGAAAUACUAGACAGCUGAUGAGCGAGUUAUAAACAGGCCUUUUUGAACAUAACCACUGACUCCACAUUAAAAAAAAAAAAAGUGUAAUUUGAAAUGCAUGAGUCACGCAAAACAUUGUGAUAAGCAAUUAAAUCACCUUCUUCUGUUCAUUUUAUGCCUCCAUUAGUCUGAGAUUAGUGAUAUCAGCACCUUUAAACGACACUAUUCAUUGUUAUUGGACUCUCCUUUUUCAUUUUUUUAUUGUGUUAUCGUAACUAAAUCGGUGACAUUAAAACAACAAAAAAAAGUCCAACAUAACCUUUUGCCACAUUGUAAUUUGUUUACUAAUCAGGCACCUUGAGACAAACAUUUGGUGCCAUUUAACCACCAAAACAAAAUGGAGAUAGUGAUUGAAACAUGACACAAUUAUGCAAAAUGAACAUAAUAUAAUAGUCAUGCGAAACGGAAGUCUUGAAAUGCAGAUUAACAUGUGGAGACGUCUGCUGGUCAGACCCACUGAAUCUGCUGUGGUUAGACAAUCCGAAGCAGGUUUAGCAAGUUCUGGUUCAGAAUAAAUUCCCUCUCAGAUACAAUAAAAUAUGUGCCCCGGAAGAAAAUAAGAAUUAAACUGCACAUUAAACUGUAAAUGCUACAAGCCAUCAUCAAAACCAAAGAACAAGCACCUCGAGUUCAUCCCUUCCUGUGACCUCAAGAUAUAAAAGCACCGCGAGGACGAGGGAGACUCUGACUGUAAAAGCCCACAAAUUGUAAUCAAAGACUUGACACAUAAUUUGUGGAGAGGCCCCCAUAGGCUGAAGAAGAGUCUAAUUAAAGACAUCUGAAAGGAAACCUUGUCACAUGCUGGCCUGGGAGAGACGGAGUGGAGUAAUAGUGCAUCACAUGUUCGCUCUAUAUUGAGUUAAAAGGCUGAAUCCAUAAAAUAUUGACCAAAGGGGGAAACCCUGACACAACAGCGCUGUCUGAGGAGAUGCUGUCUGUCUUAUCAAGUGCUUUUAAGUUAAUAUGAAGCCACUUUAUUGGUGAUUGGAGAAUGUUUUUGGAUUUAAAUUGAACAUUUUUCAUGCAAAAUUUGACAUUUUUGUGACAUUAAUAUCAGGAAGUCUGUACAAACGCUCACUCAGAUGCAACAUGUCAGGUUGUGUCUCGUGAUUCAGCAGGAAAAACAUGCAGGAGAUGAUGAAAAGAAAGCUUCACUGUUAAAUGUCGACUUGGAGAUCAGUGUAAACAAAUGACACCUUAAGAAAACUGCUGCAUUUGGUUGUUUAUUGAAGUGAAUAAAUGUGUUUCAUACACAGAAGACAGAAGAACGUCCUGCUCUCACUCUGACCUGCUCAUGUUGUGAUCGACGAAUUUAGUUUAGAGUUACUAACCUUCAAACGAAAAUGGAUUAGAUGCACUUUACAGAGAAAAUUUGGUUCAAGUAUCUGUUGAUAUCACUUCAUGUUGUCUUUUUUCUGUUUUCUUGUGGCGUCAUUAUUAUCUUUCUCUUUCUUUUUCGUGCUUUUCCUGCCACUAGGUAAGGAAUAACAAUACUGGGUCAGACUGUGUGAUCCCAGGUGAGAUGAAUUUGUUUUCUCUCCGCAUUUAUCAAACUAAGAGUUCCAUGUGGGUUAACUUAUACACCUGACUGCCAUUUCAGCACAUUUCAACCCGUUUGUAUUUAUGUAUUGCUGACUUGUGCUGAAAACGUGGGGAAUAGGCUCGUUGUGGAAAACUAAUGGUGGUUCUGUUGCCAUUUGCACAAAGAGCAAGGUCAAGGAUGAACUCAUUUGUACAUUUGUCAGGCUGAUAUUGUAAAUAAAUCUUUUUUUGGUUUACCACUAAUACAUUAUUUAACAAAAGUGAGUUUCUUGAGAAAAACUGGAAACUCUUCUUUGCUUAAUAGACUGAAAUAAUAUCCACUGAGUUGAACUACUUUGACCUCGUUUUGCCGUCUUCCACUAACCUGAAUCGAUUUUUAGUUUGUUGUGUGAGACAACGAUUUAAAAAAAGCAACAACGAAAUCUCCUGUUGAUUACCACAAUAAAAAAUGUCUCACAAAGCCCAAAA